AUGGAAAAGAUUGUAAUGUCAUUGCGGAUUUAUCCAUCCGAGGUGCGCUUCGAUGGCGUGGAGGUCGGGAUGGUUUAUAGUGCUGACAUCAAGGUGAAGAACAUCGGCCACCAUAACAGGAAGAUACGCUUCUUGGCACCUCGGGACUCGCAGUUCAAGUUGAACAUGAACAAAGACCCAAUAUCAAUUGCUACUGGACUUCAAGUGACAGCUACUGUGACAUUUACGCCUACAAAAGCAGAAAAUAUUUUUGAAAAAAUGUAUAUUAUGGUAGCAAAAAGAAAAAUAGAAAUUCCACUGAUUGGAUUGAUUCCAUCCUGUCAUUUGGAAAUUCAGUCAAAAGUUAAUUUUGGCACAGUCAUAGCUAAUAGCAAAGAAAUUUGUAAGUCGGUUAACAUUAAUAACUACGGAACAAUUCCAGCUGUCCUCAGGAGUAUUGCAGUAGGUGUGUUUGAUACCUCUGCUCUAGGUCACAGACUAAUGUCUGCAGGCAGAGUGAAUUUGCAGGAUGGUGAAGGCACAUUUUUAAGGAUUGAAGCCUAUGUUGUUCAGCAAAUUAUUGAACUAUUAGAUAUGUAUGGGGAAAAAGUUUUGAAGUGUAUACAAUUUGGAACCACAUUCUUUGGAACAUCAAAAAUUGAGCAUGCAAUUAUUUAUAAUAAUAGUCCUAAUAAUAUGAGUUGGGUAGCAGUGAUGGAACAUGAAACAGUUGGAGAGGAAUUGGGCACAAAUCUUCAGCAAAGAAUAGAUGACACGUUACAUGAUCUAUGCUACAUAAACAAAUUGAGAUCUAUAGAUAUUACCACUUUUAUUUCCUGUAUUCCCAAUGAAGGAAUUUUAUUACCUUAUCAAAAGACAGUAAUUACAUUUUGCUUUAGUCCAAAAUUAUAUGAAAAUGGUAAGAAGUAUGCCGAUUCAUCCCACAGACAAGACUAUGUACUUUUUUUGAGAUUUGAGGCAAUAGAAAGUAAAGAUCCUUUUUCAAAAGUGGCAAAAGGAAAAACUAGUGAAAGUCAUUCUUUUCACAAAGCGGAGUUAGCCCUGACAGGCUCAGGAGUCCCUGUCUUAUUAAAUUUUGUUCCAGGAAGAGACCUUGAUUUCACACCUUGUUUUAUGGGUCAACACUCAGAUAUUUUGUGCAGUAUAGAAAAUCAAUCCACGUUACUUCCUGUAACAUUCAGCUUCCAUAAAGUAGCACAUUUUAAAAUUAUUCCAGAGAAAGGCAAGAUAGAGGAAGAAAGUAAUCAGAAUGUACUCUUUUCAUUUGUGCCACAUCAACUAGGCAUGUUUAAAGUAAAGCAAUUAAUAGAUAUACUUGGUUCUGUGGCAGAAGAUGAUUUGCAAUCAGUGAAGGUGAAACCUUUUCACCAAAUAGAGUUAAAUUUUGCUAGUAUCUGCAAACCUAUAACCAAGAGAAUUGAGAUGAAAAUCAUUCCUGGUCUAACACCUCUGAUUACUAAUUCUACUGGACAGUAUGUUGUUGAUGAAACAGGACAGUACAAAAACUUUGCACCAGUUGCAAUGCUGAAAUCAAACAUAACCACCAUACAUAAUCACCAUUUAAGUAAAAACUUGAACAAAGAUGCAUUGGUUGCCUUUCCUAAUGACCGAAGUGCAAGCCUCAGGUCUGGAGAUCCACGUGUAGAAAUCAGGACCAUUUUCACAAAAGUUGAAAGAUACAAUUAUGUGGAUCCUGAAUUUGCAUAUACUAAAGAGGAAGAAAAAGAAAUAAAAGAAAAUGAAGACUACUAUGCUAACUUCACCCAUAACUUGGCAAAACAAAGAAUGCUGAGGAAGUCAGAAAGGGAAUUUAAACGCUCUGAUAAUGCUAUAGAUAUUGGUAUGACAGCAGAAAGAGGACUGAAGUCACCUCAUCUCUCACUUACACACUUAUCUGAAGAGUUAACUGAAUCUGAAAAUUUGCCUUUAAAGGAAGAGUGUCUGUUAAUUACUCAAAAUUUGGUAGCAAAAGAGACAGAAUCCCUGAAAGGAAAUGUUAUUAGUUUAUAUAAUAAGAGCCCAUCUACUCCACAAGAAAAAGAAGAUUGUAGCUUAUCUUUGACACCGAAGCAACUUCAUCAAAUUGUCAUUGGACCAUCCAUUCUCAACUUUGGUGAUAUUUGUGUGAAUUAUUUAUGCACUAAAGAAAUUCAUGUCAUCAAUAAUCUGCCUCAGAAUAUUUUGGUGCAGUUACAAAUUGGUCAUGAAGAACUAAAGAAGACAAAUCCAUUGUCUUAUGUGAUUCCACCUGUAUCAAAUACAUUCAUUCCGAUAGUAUUUGAGAAAACCACUCUGGGGCCUUUUUGGAAAUCUUUCAGUUUCACAAUAAACAACAUUCCUAGUGGAAAUAUUCUAGUAAAGGCAGCAGUAUUGCCUGUGGCUCUUGAGUUAUCAGCUAAAGAAGUGGUUCUUAGACCUAUUCAAGGUUUCUUGGUGAAAACAGGAUAUAGAGGGACAGUCAGAUUGUAUAAUCGGCGAAAUUGUGCAGCUAGAUUUAAAUGGCAGCCACUCAUCCAAGAAAAUGGGAUUGCAUUUUCUAUACGACCAGCUAAAGGUAUUGUAGAAGGAUACUCAGCCCUGGAUUGUGAAGUGUCCUGGCUACCUAGUUACAACUCUCCAGAGAAAGGCCUGUUUAACCUUCAAGUGUGUGAUGGAAAUACAUUGCCACUAGCCUGUGCGGUGAAGAUUGGUGCUACCAAAGUUGCCUUAUUGGCUCAUCAUGUACUCUUUGAGAAUUGUCCUCAAGGUUUAACUACAUGGAAGAAAACUGUUCUUCAAAAUAUUGGUUCACAUCAUGCUUAUUUCAAGAUUUGUGACCAAGACCUUCUGCCUUUUAUUACUAUUAAACCGUCUCAUGGCAUAAUACCCGUAGGGGGGUUAACUUCACUCAAUAUUGCCUGUACACCAUAUUUUUCAGAGAGAUUUGAUACUCGAGCAAAGGUAAUAAUACGGCAUGGAAAUGUACUAGACCUUAGGAUUGGUGGAUUCGUAGAUAUUGCUGAUAUAGUCCUCAGUGUGAGCUUUUUCAACUUCCAAGGUGUUUAUGUUGGCUCUACAAAAGUUAUUCCAUUUUUGUUAAAUAACAAAGGUACAACACGUGCCCGAGUGGAGUUUGAUUUAUCACGCUAUAAAGAUUUUUCAUUGCAAUUUAAAGACUAUGAAGUUUUCAAAGACCCUAAGCUUCUUAAUGCAUAUGCUGUAGAAUUAGAAGAAAAGAAAUCAAUGGAAUGUGGGCUAGCAUUUUCUCCCAAAGAAGUGGCAGCAUAUGACUUCAGUCUUCCAAUUAGUGUUAAUUUCACUGAGUCACCAACACUCUCCUAUCUUUGUUCUGCAUCACAAUCUUUUGACACUCAAGUAUCACCUUCUUUAGUCCCAUUGAUAGCUCCACUGGUACCACCAUGUACUGUCAAAGCAAUUGUAUUAAGGCCAACACUGAAAUUAUCUGAUACAGAAUUUUUCUUUGAUAUUGCUUUAAAUAAUCAAAUACCAUUGGAUUUUUUUAAUGAAAUCCAGAAUAAUGAGGGUCAAAUUCUCCCUCUGUCCUCACCCUCUCCAACAGCCAACGAAAAGGUUCUUGAACUGAUUAGCACCUCAAAAGAAGUGGUAAAUUGGAAUUUGGACCUUACUUACGCAGGCAAAAGAGUAAAAGACGGCACUUUUACAUUUAGUACCCUUUCUGGUUCUCUUGAACCAGGUGAAAUGAGUACUAUUUUCAUAAGCUUCUGUUCAACCAAACAUCCAAUUGAAGAAAAGGCCAUUAGACUCCUCUCAUGUGGUAAAGCACCUGGUGUUGAUUCCAUUACAGCAGAGAUUACAGUCACCAAUGGUAUGAAUCAGAGUCGCUUUUUAAGCACGAUGUUUUCAACAGUGUUGUCAAAUGCCUCAAUAAGAUUGAAAACAGCAUCAAGGAAAUCAUCAGUGUAUGCCCGAGUUCCAACAAUUAAGCUUUAUGAUGGUCUUAUGAUUGAUGUCCUUUCUGUGGACUUUCCAAAUGGCAAAUUUAUUGAUGUCUUACCAGAUGGAAUAAAUACAGAACUAAUUUCUCACAUCAGUUUCAAAUCAAUGAGACCAGUGUCUUUUUCAGCUGAUGUGCUAUUUUUGGAUGAUGAAAACAACUGGUUUGCAUUUCAGAUUACUGCAGUAGCAGAAAACUGUAUUCUUACUAUUUAUCCAUACCUGGCAUAUCAUCUUGAUGAUCAAAGGGUUAUAUUGAAACAGAAUGAGAAAAAUUUUUAUUCAAACAAGGAAACACCACAUCUUACUUGUCCAUUAGGAGUAUUGUCUCCCAUCUAUAGCACGAGUACCAGUUCUAGUGAUUAUGAAUCACCCCAGCAAGACUUCUGUCUCAGUGUCGAUAUGGUUCGUGAAAAUAUACCAUUGCCAGUAACUGAAAGAUCAAGGCCAGAAGAUAAUGAAUAUGUGGGUGUGAAACAAGGACAAUAUUUUUUUCCUGAUGAAGACAAAAAGGAAUAUGUAUUUUUUGAGAAAGUUUUAAUUGCAGUUGAGACGUGGUUUAGUCUCUUUGGUUGGUCUCAAGGACUCAAUCCUAUUUCUGUUCCAGAAAGUAUAAGAAGGGAUGUGUCUAAAGGACAAUUAGCCUUAUCAAAUUCACCAACCAAACAAAUGAAUUCAAACAGUCAAUUUGCCAGAUAUAAUAAAACCAUAUAUGACAUGCUAGCCUACUUGAGUGGACAGAUGUUACCCGGAGUUGCGACAACUCAGACAUUACCUGUUGAUGACACUGAGAGAGUGAUGCAUCUCCAUUGGCAGCAUUCUACACUUCUCACCUUCCUCAAAACUCAAGGAGCAUGCCUUCCCUAUAUACUUCCUGAAUUUCUGCUUGAACCAGAAGAUUACAAGAAAUGGAUUAAAAUGAAAGUUGCCAGUAAAGGGGAAUCUGACCCCAUCCAAAUUCCAGAGAAGUAUACUUUGAUUAUAGAGGACUCUAAGUUUGAAGCUAUGAGUAAACGUGUCUGGACAGAUGUGCUACUUCAGACAUACAAGGUGCUUAUUCUUUCCCGGGUAGCACCACUGAGUAGCACGAACACGCCUUCUAUAAAUAUCCCCAAAACACCAAGGAUCAGACCAGACUUUUCAUCUAGUAACAUUUACUCUAAACCUGAAAGGAUUCUGCUUAGUUGGAUGAAUACAAAUUAUGAGACCGUCAGAGCCAAGAUAUGGGAUACCUGUAAUAAAGGUCUUCUUCCCCCUGAGAAAUGGAUAGUAAAUUUUGAUAAGGAUCUUUUGGAUGGCCUAGUUUUAGCAACACAGUUGGCGGCUUACUGUCCAUUUUUGAUACCAACAUAUUUUGUGGACAUGUAUACCUAUGCACAGAGUCCUGAACAGCGCCUGCACAAUUGUUUGAUUGUUGUGAAAGCUCUACAUGAAAUAGAUUUAAAUAUAGAUAUACAGGCUACUGACAUCUGUGAUCCAAAUCCAGUCCUGAUGCUGAUGUUUUGUGUCUAUCUAUAUGAAAACCUGCCAUUUUAUUUACCUUCGAAGAUUGUUUAUUUUCCUUGUUCUCUGCAUUCCACUGUUGUCAGACAGGAAAUUGUAAAAUGUAAAACUCCAUGUUAUCAAUGGAAAGAAGUCAUUGUGAAUGUUAAAAGUCCUUUUCAUAGUGAAGGAGAAUUCAGUGUUAAUUUGGUGGAAUCCUCAACCUUUGUGUUUCAGACAUCACAAAUAAAUGAACUAAACCAAUUGGCAAAGGAUGAACAACCUGGUUGUGAAGCAAAUUCAGUGAGCACUGAAAGUGUAAAUGAUGAGGAAUAUUUUGUCCAAGGAAAGCUAUUAAAUACAUCAAUUAAAUCCAGUUUCAUGAAAGAAUUCUUCUGUCAAGUGAACUCUCUCUUUUUAGAUGCUAAAGAAUCUUCAAGUUUAAAUCUUCAUUUUCUUCCUUUUGAUCUAUAUAAGCGAUAUUGUGUUAUCAUAUUCACCAAUAAGCAGAUUGGAGAAUUUAUAUACAUUGUGGAAGGAACAAGUACUGUUCCUUUGCCUUCUAGAUUCCUCCCAAUAAAUAAUCCAUGUAUUUUGAAUUAUGGCCACCCUCCUGAUGAAGACUUAAGCAAGGAUGACCCAGUUCUACAUUUGAAAUGUGAUCUUAAUAAUAUUUUGGAAUUGGAACUCAAAGUGCCAGUGGUUAAUAAUGCCAAGGCAGAUGCCCUAGCUUUUGCAGCACACCAGCAGAUGUCAUCUCUUGAGUAUGAACGAAGGAAAAUCACGGGAACGCUCAACAGUAGCAGUGUACGAGCUGCAAUUGCUCUCUUAGGACUAACAAAACUUGAGACCCAUAUGCUUUUUCAUAAUGCAAAGUCUAAAUCAGUUUUAUAUUCCACGGAAUUAAGCCUUCCAGAACACUUUGAUAUCCCCAAGACAAUCUACAUUCCUCCUUCUCCACACGGGAAACUUAAAACAUUACAGAUGGAAGAUACUUCAAAAUACCAACAAGCAGACUAUUCCUUACUGCCUUUAAGAUUUAUUCCUAUUACGGCUGGACGAUAUCCUUGUUAUAUUUUGUUGUUGUCAGCCCAUGAUAUUCGGCUCUUUUCUAUUGAAUGUGUAGUGAAUGCAGAUUUUCCAGAUGCCAAAUUUAAAUUUGAAACUCCAGCAUUUGAAGCACUGACUCAGAAUAUUCCAAUAAAAAAUGACACAGAAACGGAAUGGAAGUGCAUUGUUACUAUCGAAGGAGAUUGGUUUUAUGGCCCUUCUGUUUUAUAUGUGAAAUCAGGAGGAAUUGCUCAAUAUCCUCUAACAUUCAAACCUAUCUUGGAAUGUGAGGUUACGGGCUCACUUAAACUACGGAAUCAAACAGAUGGUAUUGAGCAUGUAUUUGAACUGAGAGGGAUUGGAAAAAAACCUCUGCCCCUGGAUCAUGCUGUGAUAGACUGUCAAGUGGGAAAACUGACCAAGAAGCCUAUAGUUGUGCCUAAUUAUACAAAGGAUAUGCUGACAUACCGGGUAACUUCAGAUCUUCCAAUGGUUUGGGGAUGUCCGAGGAUUACUAUAGAGCCUGAUAAUUCGAUUUCUUAUAUUCUACACAUAUGCCCAUGGAAACGAGGAGUAUUUAAAGGUGCAGUUUCAUUUGUUGCUGAAGAUAGAAAACAGGCUGACUUACAUGAGAUAGAUAGUGAACAAUCCCUUCAAAAAUGGUUAUUAGAAACGUCGGGAAAUCUGGAUAACAAAGGAAGUGUUUCAGAUGUAAAAGUCUGGUUUUUCCUAGAAAUUAAUACCUUUCCUGCUCCACCUGUAGAAACAAUUGAGGUGACAUGUGCCACCUUGGACACAAUUGGAAUUGAAAUAUCUAUUACUAAUCCUAAACAAAAACAGCUCCAUUUAGAUGUGAUAUUAACAGACAUUUCCCUUAGUGGAGAAUCCACACUUACUUUGGAACCAAAUGAAACAACAACCUAUGUGUUCAAAUAUUCCCCGAUGAUUACAGGCUCUGUAAAUGAAAGUGUUGUUUUCCAGCCUUAUGUAGGUAUAGAGUUCUGGUAUUUAUUGAAACUAACUGCUGAAAAGCCAAGACCAACUACACUGCCAGAAAUUCGAUGUUAUCUUGGAAAGAAUAUCAAUUUGACUAUCCCUUUAGUUAAUACUACACGAGAAACCCUGGAAUUGACAGUUAUCAACACUAAUCCUAUAAAUUUUUUACUGGAAACAAGCAAAAAACCAUUAUUUAUUGUGCCACCUCACUCCACUACUGAAGUGCCUGUUCAGUUUUAUCCUUCAGCCCUUGGAAGAGCUAAGCAUCAAGUUUCAUUCAUCUUUCAGUGUAAACAGCUUCAAGAAUGGAUAUUUCAUCUGUCUGGAAUUGGCCUUGUUCCAGUACCCUUGGAACCAGUGAACAUACAAACAUGUAUUGGUCGACAUUUAUCUGUAAUUAUACCUUUCAGGAACCCUACUACUGAACAUGUUCUUGUUGAUAUCAUAUUGAAAGAUAAAUAUGGCAACCCUAAGCUUCCUGCCUCUUCCAUGGAUUGCUCGGUCAUAAAGAGCACCGGUUUCAACUUUACACUUAAGCAAACACAAGAAAUACCAUUAUCUCCUAAAGGAAAGUUGGAUAUCCCUGUGUUAUUUAUUCCUCAUAUUAUGAAAUUGUAUGAAGCAAUGGUGAUUGUCCAGAUAGUGAGGGCAAAUCGUCAAUACUGGCCUUAUGAUAACCCAGAAGAAUUGGGCCCAGGUCUGCAAAGCUUGAAAAGAACAGAAAAUGGAGAUAUCAGCCAUAUAGUUUGGGAAUACCCCAUUAAAGGAAUACCAAUAGCCCCACCUCCUAAAACACAUCAAGCUUCCUUAAAAAGUCGAGCCAGGGAACGCGUAGAAGAGACGGUACAUGUAAUUCUAACUGGUGUAGUUUUUCAUGCACCAGAACAACGAGAAUUAGUGGUGAUUCCAAAAAAAACACUUGUGGAAGAUGAACAGAACCAAGUACCAGUAAAUAAUGAUUUGCAUGAAGUACAUGAAUUUCAGUAUGAAAUUCAAUUUGAAUCUGAACUCAUGAAAUCCAACUUGGAAUCUUGUAUUGCAUUAUAUUUGAUCAAGAAAAAACAAAACGUAGAAAAUGGAGUUAUAACAUUAGCCUUCAAUAUAGUGUUUGCACCAAAGAAGCCAAUAAGAUCUGUAAUCACCUUGGCAGUUCAAUGCAGCACAGAUGGGAUAUGGAACUUUCCAAUAACUCUGACUGCAACUGAGCCAGAAGUUGAUGAUGUUAUCAAUAUUGAAGGAAUUGGCUUGUUCAAGGAAUCUACUGUUGCCUUUAGGCUGACAAGUCAGACACGGUACCCAGAGUCAUUCACUGCAUACUUCCUGCCAGGCAGUGAUCGGGAAUUUUUUGUAAAACCUCAGAUGGGUGAACUUCUUCCACUUCACACUGCUGGAACACUUAUCAGUGUUGGAUUCAAGCCACAAAUGUACAGCAGGAAGCAUCAGGCAACAUUAGUGAUACAGACAGAAAAUAUCUACUGGAUGUAUCAGAUCAAUGGACUGCCACCAAAUACAGUACCACCAACAAAGGUAUCAGCCAAAAUUGAUUCCAUUAAUAAGAACAUGAGAACCAUCCCAGUUCAGCAGCGCAACUUCAUCCGGGAAAACACUAAACUAAUCACAACAGGGGUGUCCUCAACCAUCAAAGGUGCUCCUUUGAUCUUAAGAAAACAAUAA